GUGAUUUUCCCUUGUUGAUGUCCUCCAUUUGUCCUCUUUCUUUUAUGUCUUUAUAAAUAUAUCCCCUUUUCAGUCUUUGCUCUUCACCAUUUUCCAAUUGUUUAUUGAUUUUGACGACGACUAUCAAGAGUUUGUUGUAAAUGGUUGGGAAACGAGAGCGUAUUUCAACUUUGGCGGGAGAUUCGAGGUGAGAUUUUGAUUUAUUGUUCUGUAAUUUUGGGUUGAUAGAGUAAAUUUGGCCAACGAUGCACGUAAGUUUGGGUGUUUGAAAGCUAUGUUUUGUCCUGCAAUUAAAUGCAGAUAUAGCUACGGAGAUAUUCGUGUAGUUAGGGUUUUAAUUGCAAGGAACUUGCUUAUGAAGAUUUUGGUUGGUGAUAAUAAGUAGGUGUAGUUCUGGUCUAUAAGAAAAGGAGAUUUGAGGAUUUCGAUUUGGUCUAGAAACUAUGGCUUCGAAUCAUACGUCUUUGGCAAUGCUGCAAGAGCCAAGUAUCGACACCGAUAAGCUCAGCUACGAGAUUUUCUCGAUUCUCGAGAGCAAGUUCUUAUUCGGUUACGAUGAUCCCAAGCUUUGGAAACCUAUUCAGGUUUCUCCGGAAGUUUCUGUUACUCCCACGACGGUGGAUGUAGGGGAUGUUAACAACAGUGUUCAAGCGAUGAAGAAUCAGAGAGGGAAAAUCUGUGUGCUCUCUAUCGACGGUGGAGGAAUGCGGAAUAUUUUAGCCGGAAAAGCGUUGGCUUAUCUGGAGAACGCGUUGAAGGUCAAGUCCGGCAACCAAAACGCCAGAAUCGCUGAUUAUUUUGAUGUCGCAGCCGGCACCGGAGUAGGAGGUGUCUUCACGGCGAUGUUGUUCGGGAUGAACCAUAGCCGUCCCAUUUUCAAGGCGGAGGACACAUGGAAGUUUUUGGCGGAACAGGGGAAGAGAUUGUACCAACAAAAAUCAAGCUCCAGCGGCUCCGGCGGCGGCGGAAAAGGCCAAGGUUUAUUUAAACGGAUUCUCCGCGGCGGAAACAGCAGAGGAGGAGGAGGAGGAGGGAUAACUCAUGCGACGGCUGGAUUUGAAAACGCAAUGAAGGAAGCUUUCACCAUCAAUGGACAAAGUUUAACAUUGAAGAACACAUUGAAGCCGGUGUUGAUCCCUUGCUACGACCUCUCCAGCUCAGCUCCGUUUCUAUUCUCCCGAGCCGACGCUUUGGAAACAGACAGCUUCGAUUUCCGUCUCUGGGAGGUCUGCCGCGCCACCACUGCUUUACCGGGCUUGUUCGAACCGGUCUCCAUGAAAUCCGUCGACGGGAAGACACGUUGUGUGGCGGUUGACGGUGGUUUAGCCAUGAGCAACCCUACAGCAGCGGCAAUCACACACGUUCUCCACAACAAGCAGGAGUUCCCUUUCGUACGAGGGGUAGAGGACCUUUUGGUACUUUCAUUGGGCACCGGUCAAGUUCUAGAAGGCAACUACGAUUACAACCAAGUCAAAGGGUGGAAGCCUAACGAUUGGGCUCGCCCCAUGGCUAGAAUUUCCGGUGACAGCUCCGCCGACAUGGUGGACCACGCCGUCUCCCUGGCUUUUGGUCAAAGCCGUAGCAGUAAUUAUGUCCGUAUUCAGGCAAACGGAUCGAACAUGGGACGUUGUGGGGUGAAUGUUGAUUCCGAUUCCAGCCCCGGAAAUGUAAAAUUGCUCACGGGAAUAGCCGAUGAAAUGUUGAAACAGAAGAAUGUGGAAUCAAUAUUGUUUGGGGGUAAAAGAAUCGGCAACCAAAGCAACUUCGAAAAACUCGAUUGGUUUGCAGAACAACUCGUCUUAGAACAUCAAAGGAGAAGUUGCCGGAUCGCUCCCACCGUCGCAUUUAAACAAGCCGCGCCCAAUUCCACCUAAACUAUUUCCCCCCAAAGGGUAUGGUGGUCAAAAAAGGAAAAGAAGUAUACUCUCUCCAACAUUACCCUGCUUUAAUUUGAAAGUAAAAGAGGCAAAUUGACUGAAAAGGACAAUCAACUCAACUGUAAAAAAAAAAAAAACAAAAAAAAAAAAACAAGAAAAGGGGUAGUGAGGGGUAAAUCUUGGUGGGAUUUGUUUUGCCUGCCAUAGUACAAACCAUAGUGGUCUCCACUCUAACCUUUCUUUGUCCUUUACCCCCCAAAAAAAUGAAAGGGCAAAAUUGGAAUUAAAGAAAGAGCAAGUGGAUGUGUGUGUGUGUGUUGUGUGUGGUGUCCGUGUGUGUGUGUGAGUGAAGUGGAAGUGGAAGUCUAAAAUUGUAAAAAUGCUUAGAGGAUUAAGAUUUUCUAUAGAGUUUAGAUUUGAAGUUGAUUAGUGGGGUUGGGGGUAAUAUGGUAAUGUGACAAAAGAUUUUACUAGAUUUAGAGGUUAUGUGGUUGAUAACAAUUUUUUUUUUAAAUGUUUAAUAUGAAUACUUUAUUAUUAACAA